AUGCCUAACACUCAGACGAUGAUGUCGUUGUGUUUGGACGGUUUUAGUGAUCGCGAAAUACUUGAGUAUAGAUUGGAAUGGGAAGGUUACACCGAAAUCAAGAUGAAAAGUGAUAGAAAUUGCCAGUUCCGUGCUUUAGCUGAUCAAUUUUAUCAAACCUCGGAUUGUCAUAAACGUGUUAGACAAGAAAUCGUAAAACAGAAUAUGUCCACUAACUCCGAAUGGGGCGAUGAAGUCACAUUGAGAGUCGUUGCUGAUGUGUAUGGAGUCAAAAUAGUACUCAUUACAUCAAUCAAACUUACUCCAUUCAUGGAGUUUUUGCCCAAGUCUCAAAAAGAACCCGACAGGGUCAUUCAUUUGAGCUAUCUCGCAGGGAUCCAUUUUAACUCCAUCCACAAAAAAGGAGGUUCAUGUUUAUCUUCAUCAUCUGGUUCUGCCUCGAUGAAGCUACAGAGGAAGAAGGAGAAGAAGCAGAAGAAAAGGGAUGAAGAUGAGAACGAAAGGAAUGAGAAGGAGGAGAGGAAAAAAGAGAAAGAGGAGAAGAAAAAAGAGGAGGAGAAGAAAAAGGACAAGGAGGAAUGA